CUCAUUCACCUCCGCACUGCAGCCGAGGGAGGCCCGCCCUGUAGUGCCCUGGUACUGGCUGCUGCUUGUGGCCUUAGACAAGCAUGAGUAGAGGGGCCAGGGGCUGCUUGUUCUGCCCAUUCUGUGCUGGCAUCUCCCUCCCCCUCCACUGAGUCCAGGUUAAUUAUAACUCUGACCACAGUGCCUUGUGACGCCACGCCCGGGCCAGCCCUGCCCAGGAGACCCAGCAACCAGGUCCAUGUCUCAGCCAUGCUUCCCGCAGGGGUGCCCCUGUCCCACCUGGGCACCUCGGCACUGCUUCUGCUGCAGCUGCUGCUGCCAUCCGCAUCUGCCUUCUUCCCCAACGUCUGGAGCCUACUGGCCGCCCCUGGCUCCAUCACCCAUCAGGACCUGACCGAGGAGGCAGCACUCAAUGUCACCCUGCAGCUCUUCCUGGAACAGCCACCCCUGCACCAGCCCCCACUUCGUCUUGAGGACUUCCUGGGCCGAACCCUCCUUGCUGAUGACCUGUUUGCUGCAUACUUUGGACCUGGCUCUCCUUCACGGAGGUUCCGAGCAGCCUUAGGUGAGGUGUCUCGAGCCAACGCAGCCCAGGACUUCCUGCCGACGUCCAGGAAUGACCCUGAGCUGCACUUUGAUGCUGAGCGGCUGGGCCAGGGACGCACACGCCUGGUGGGGGCUCUGCGGGAGACUCUGGUAGCAGCCAAAGCCCUUGAUCACACCCUGGCCCGCCAGCGCCUCGGGGCUGCACUUCAUGCCUUGCAGGAUUUCUACAGUCACAGCAACUGGGUGGAACUAGGGGAACAGCAGCCACACCCUCACCUCCUCUGGCCAAGGCAGGAGCUCCGGAGCCUGGCACAAGUGGGUGAUCCUACCUGCUCCAAUUGUGAAGAGUUGAGCUGCCCCAGGAAUUUGUUGGGCUUCACACUCCUCACCUCUGGCUACUUUGGCACUCAUCCCCCCAAACCUCCAGGGAAAUGUAGCCACGGGGGCCAUUUUGACCGGAGCAGCUCCCAGCUACCCCGGGGUGGCAUCAACAAGGAUAGCACAUCCCCAGGCUUCUCCCCCCACCACAUGCUGCACCGCCAGGCUGCAAAACUGGCACUUCUAGCCUCCAUCCAGGCCUUCAGCCUCCUGCGAAGCCGCCUGGGAGACAGGGUUUUCUCAAGGCUGCUGGACAUCACUCCAGCCACCAGCCUGAGCUUUGUCCUCGACACCACGGGCAGUAUGGGUGAGGAGAUCAACGCUGCCAAAAUACAGGCUCGCCACAUUGUGGAGCAACGGCGGGGCAGCCCCAUGGAGCCUGUCCACUACAUCCUGGUGCCCUUUCAUGACCCAGGGUUUGGCCCUGUCUUUACAACCAGUGACCCUGAUAGCUUCUGGCAACAACUCAAUGAGAUCCAUGCCUUGGGCGGUGGAGAUGAGCCUGAGAUGUGCCUGUCAGCCCUGGAGCUGGCCCUGCUGCAUACACCUCCACUCUCAGACAUCUUUGUCUUCACUGAUGCCUCCCCCAAGGAUGCCUUUCUCACCAACCGGGUGGAAUCCCUGACUCAGGAACGGCGCUGCAGGGUAACAUUCCUGGUGACUGAAGACCCAUCAAGGGUUCAGGGCCGAGCUCGACGUGAGGUGUUGUCCCCUCUGCGUUUUGAGCCCUACAAAGCAGUGGCACUGGCCUCAGGAGGAGAGGUGAUCUUCACUAAAGACCAGCACAUUCGUGACGUGGCAGCCAUUGUUGGGGAGAGCAUGGCUGCCCUGGUGACUCUUCCCCUGGAACCUCCUGUUGUGGUGCCUGGGAGGCCACUUGUGUUCAGUGUGGAUAGGCUGCUCCAGAAGGUCACAGUCCGGAUCCAUGGGGAGAUCAGCAGUUUCUGGAUCAAGAACCCUGCAGGGGUCUCCCAGGGCCAGGAGGAAGGCAUGGGUCCUCUAGGUCACACUCAGUGCUUUGGGCAGUUCUGGAUGGUGACCAUGAGUGACCCCCCUGAGACAGGGACGUGGGAGAUCCAGGUCACAGCUGAGGGCACCCCCCAGGUGAGAGUGCAAGCCCAAACCUCCCUGGACUUCCUCUUCCACUUUGGGAUCCCCAUGGAGGAUGGACCCCACCCUGGCCUGUACCCACUGACUCAGCCAGUUGCAGGUCUCCAGACCCAGCUGCUCGUAGAAGUGACAGGGCUGGGCUCCAGAAGCAACCCUGGGGAUUCCCGGCCUCAUUUCUCCCACAUCGUCCUUCGAGGGGUCCCAGAGGGUGCAGAACUGGGCCAGGUGCCCUUGGAGCCCAUGGGACCCCCAGAGCGUGGUCUCCUCAUGGCCUCACUACCACCCGCACUGCUGUCCACUCCUGGACCCUUGUCCCUGGAGCUGAUUGGCCAGGAUGGAGGGGGGCAGGGCCUGCACAGGGUGGCCCCCCAGCCUUGCACUGUGGUCCCCGUCCUUCUGGAGCUCAGUGGCCCCCAGGAUUUCUUGACCCCAGGCAGCAAGGCCCCACUCAGCCUCCGCAUCUCCAGCUUCUUAGCCCCUCAGGAUCUUGACCUUAGGACAUCCAUCAACCCCAGCUUCGCCAUCACUUCCAACCUCUCCAGGGCUUGCCUGGGACUGAAUGAGUCAGCCUGGGGGCGCCUGUGGCUGGAGAUCCCAGACUCAGCAGCCCCAAACUCGGUGGUGAUGGUGACUGUGACUGCAGUGGGUCGAGAAGCCAGCCCAGUGCCCCCAACCCAUGCUUUCCUCCGGCUCCUAGUGCUGGCCCCGGCCCCUCAGGACCACCUCUCUGCCCCUGCCCACUCACCUGGCCCUGUCAUCACCACGGCCACCCCUGUCUUUCAUCCCUCCACUUUGGUGACUCAGGGCAGGGCUGGGAGAGGGAUGGCAGGCAACACCUGUUGGGGAACAACUGGAGGAGUGCUACUUCUGCUAGGCCUGGCCUCCUGGUGAUACAACAGUCCCUAGAAGGAUGGGUCUCCAGCACUAUUUCAAUCUGCCCCAUUGGUGAGAAGGUCUCAUGGGCCUUGGGACCUCACCUGUUCCAGCUGGGAUGGAGGUUUCCCUUCUUAUGCACUUGUCCCUUCUCUUUCUUAAAAACUGCGAGAUUGGGAUAAAGGGCAAUGGAUUUUCCCUGAAUGCUCUUUCCCUAACCCUUACGGGAACUAAAACAAAGACAUUUUUGGAAAAAGUUGCUUUCUAUUUCUCUGUAGCAUCUUUAUUCCACUAUUUGUCCUCUCCCAGGUUCGGGU